AUGUUCAUUAAUCCUCACUCCAAGAUUCCUACCGGUCUCUCCAACAGCUCCACGUACCGGACCAACGACGAUGUUCGAGUGUCUCUGGGAGCCUCCUUCUCCGCUGCCGUCUUCCCGAGUGAAUUCCAUCUCCUCUAUGAGAAAAAAAAACUAUCCAUACCGACGGGUUUGCCCGUCGUACGCCACAGUCGCCCUCUGACGCAACUUCGCGCCCUUUCGAACGGUGGUUCAAACGAUUCAAACUUCAUUAAGGAAAGGCUGCCUUAG